AUGUAUGAUAUAAUUAGGGAAAAUACGAUAUUCCAAAUCACAAGUCGCGAUGUACCUAAUGGUGAAGCGUACCCUACUGAGAUGAAGAUAGAGUGCGGCGGCUGUGGCAAUUGGGAUAGUCCCGAUUCCGUUUCUUGA